AAACCCCUUUACCAUGUUUACACUAGUGGUGAUCAGCCAAGGUGUCCUGUGGAAUUGGGAGAAAACUAUACACCAUAUCUAAAAGCCCUCUAUGGAUUGAUUGCAGUAAUUAUACUAUUGAAUCUGCUCAUAGCAAUCUACAGUGAUACAUAUCAGAAAGUGAAUGAUGAAUGUAAGUUUCAUUGGGCGCAGCUUACGACCGAUUUCCUUGAAGAGUAUAGCAUAGAGACAAUUUUCCCGAUACAUUUACAGCUUCUAGUGCUACCUUUUUGUCUUGUUCACUGCAUUAUUUGGUGUGCCAAGUAUUGUUGCUUAAAAAUAAGAGAUCGAAGAAUGAAUAAAAUCCAAAAUGGAGAUCACCAUGAUAGUUCAAGUUCUAACGCAAGGAAAAGGGACAAGAUGAAGAAAAAUCCAAUGUUUGUACGAGUAUUUUUGUACAACGCAGACAACGAUCUGAAAUUAAAAUCAACAGAAGAAGCGGAGAGAAUUGCAGCGAUGAGAUCAAGAGGGAAAAUUGAGAUCACAGAAGAAGAUAAAAUAACGAAACUUCAAAAUCAAAUGGACAGGAAAUUUGAGGACCAGUAUGAAAGAAAUGACGAGAUGUUGAAGAUGAUCAAAGAAAUUAUGAAGAUAAACCACAAAAAUUUGAAGGAGAUAAGAUCUAUGAAUUCGAAGCUGUUCGAUAGAUUAUAACUAGAAGAAGAGACAACCUAACUUGUAAAAUUAAUUGUUCAAAGUUAUUACAUUACUGAUCAACCUAUAUAUAUAGUGUGUUGUUAAAUUUGUUUCAUCUUGUAACACUUCAAGGCACUUACAUUGUAUUUAUUUUUCUAAAUCUAUUUUUUUAUGUGUUAUUAAGUGUUAUUACGUGUUAAGUUUUGCAAUGCAUUUAUAAAAAUGAUUUGUUUCGUUUUUAUAUUUUAGCUCAUUAUGUGUUUAGUAGAUUUCGAUAAAGUAUAUUUUCUGCUACCAAUUUGAUGGUCAUUUUUUUUUCCCUUAAAUUAAACAACUAAUAAACUGAUAAUAAACUGCCAUUAACACAUUACAAUGUUCUAAUGAUUAAUUCUUUUUGUGGAUGAAACCAGUCUAUGGGUUGAAUCAAAUUAUAUAAGUGUAUUGUUCAAUUUGAAUAGUGUGGUAUUUAAAGUGAAAAUGUAUGAUUCAAAAUAUUUCCUACCUGAAUCUCAGCAAAGAAGUUAUUGGAAAGUCAAGGUGUUAAAAUUAAGUCCGAAAAUAAAUUCACAACAUUGAGGGACACAUUAUGUUUAAACUAACAUUAUUGAUCAUUAUAAAUUUGUUUUAAGUAAUCAACAUAUCGUCACUAGAUCAAUACUUCAUAUUUCAACAAUGAACAAAAAAAACAUAAAUGGCAGGUCAGAUUUUUAUAAAUUACAAUAAGUCAUCCGUUCGACUAAGUACAUGUACAUGAAUCAUAUUAACAUUUUUGAAAAUCAAAUUAAUGGCAGCAUUGUUUUACUGCAUAAAGUCAGAAAUACAAAUGUAAUCAAAUUAUUGACAGUUGCUUUCUAUUUGAUUGAUGUGUUUGAUCUUUUGAUUUUGAUUAUAGAUUUUGUUAGAUAGGAAAGUUUGAUAUUUCACUUUUCCCAAUUGUAAGUAACUAUUAUAUGUGAUGAUAUUAAUAUUAAUUAUCGUAAAUACAUUUUUCUCGUUAUGAUUUGUUUGAUAGAUGAGUAUAUUUGGUAUCUAACAAAUUGUUUCAAGUAUAUUUACUGGUGUGUAUAUCAAAUGUAUCAUUCGUGGAAUUUAUUUAAUGAUUUCUUAAAAUAUUCUGAUACCACAUGUCUAACACUUCAAAGCAUUUGUUUGUUAUACAUUAUUUCAAUUUUCAAAUGUCAAAUAUCUAAUA